CAAUCUCCUCAGUCAUUCAAUAGUCAUAAAAUGUUUGUCAGUGACACAAUAUUUUUCUUUUUAUAUGCUUUCGAUUAAUUCAAUUUUGCCGUCCAUUUUUAGAAAAGAUAUAUCUUAACAACAUUUUUUUCAUAUCGAGGAAUGGCGGCGUCUUUGUGCAUCGUUCCUUCCCUUUAUUUCUCUUCUCAACCCUACAAACGUUUUGAGAUAAAGGCUGCUGGAAAUACAUACGGAACUUUCUUCCGCGCGACAACAUUUGGAGAAUCUCAUGGAGCUGGUAUUGGUUGUGUUGUUGAUGGAUGCCCGCCUCGUUUGCCAUUAUCAGAAGCAGAUAUUCAACUCGAGCUAGAUCGAAGGAGGCCAGGUCAAAACAAAGGCACCACUCCAAGAGAAGAAGCAGAUGCAUGCCAAAUAUCUUCUGGAAUUACUGAUGGGCUAACUACAGGAUCACCUAUUAAAGUAGAGGUGUUCAACACAAAUACAAGAGGGAGUGACUAUAGUGAAAUGUCAAAAGUUUAUAGACCUUCACAUGCAGAUGCAACUUAUGACUUCAAAUAUGGCUUGAGAUCUAUAGAGGGUGGAGGCAGAUCUUCUGCCAGAGAAACAAUUGGGAGAGUUGCUGCUGGAGCAAUUGCUAAGAAAAUUCUGAAGCAAUUUUCUGGUACUGAGGUUCUUGCUUAUACUUCUCGAGUUCACAAAGUAGUGCUUCCUGAAGAUUUAGUUGAUUAUGAUACACUAACGCUUGAUCAGGUAGAGAGUAAUAUUGUGAGAUGCCCAAAUCCAGAGUAUGCAGAAAAAAUGAUUGCUGCCAUUGAUGCUGUACGAGAGAGUGGAGAUUCCGCAGGAGGUAUUGUUACUUGCAUUGUCAGAAAUGUGCCUCGGGGUCUUGGUUCGCCAGUUUUUGAUAAACUUUCAGCUGACCUAGCUAAAGCUGUUGUGUCAGUGCCAGCAAGUAUAGGAUUUGAGUUUGGUAGUGGAUUUGCAGGAUCUUGUAUGAUUGGUAGCGAGCAUAACGAUGAGUUCUAUAUUGAUGAGAAUGGCAGAAUCAGGACGAAAACUAACCGGUCUGGUGGAAUUCAGGGUGGAAUAUCUAAUGGAGAGAUUAUUAGCAUGAAAAUAGCUUUCAAGCCAACACCAACAAUCAAUAAGAAGCAGAAAACAGUGACUAGGGACAAACAUGAGACAGAACUCAUAUUUCCUGGCCGCCAAGAACCAUGUGUUGCCCCACGAGCUGUUCCAGUUGUGGAGGCCAUGGUAGCUAUGGUGCUUGUUGAUCAACUAAUGGCACAAUAUGCUCAAUGCAUGCUCUUUCCUAUUAAUCCCACCCUACAAGAGCCCAUGAGCACAUUGAAAACUAAAUUAGACCAUGCUGUUCUUAACUGAAUUAGACAAUUUGUUGUUACUUAUAAUUAAGAAUUGAAAUGUUAGUGUCUA